UCAGUUAGAAAUCUUUAUAAAUUAAAAUUGAGUACCACCACCAAAGCAUAUCACAACCAAACAGAGUUCAGUAAAGAAGAGAAGAUCUAGCUAAUAUCAGUUUGAAAUUAAUCUUUUUUUCCAAUGGCUUCCACUAAUAUUUUUGUCACAUUAGCUCUUAUUUCCGUCAUCAUUGCUCCAGCUUUGGCAACAGACUUUGUGGUUGGAGAUGACGCUGGCUGGAAAACCAAUUUCGAUUACAAAACAUGGGCUGCUGGCAAAGAGUUUCACGUUGGCGAUAAACUCGUUUUCAAGUACUCUGCUGGAGUUCACAAUGUUCACAAAGCGGAUUUAGCUUCAUUUCAGAGUUGCACACCGCCUGCAACAAGUGUCGCCCUCACAACCGGAAAUGAUGUGAUUACUCUUGCAAGUGAAGGCAAAAAAUGGUACUUAUGCAGCAUAGCUAGUCAUUGUGCCUCCGGUAACAUGAAACUUGCAAUAACAGUGUUGCCUCAGAUAGAAUCUCUUGCUCCAGCACCUCAAGUGAUGGGAGACAGGAAUGAAUUUUCUGCAGCUGCUGGAUUUGGAACACAAUUGUUAUGGAUCGGUGCAGCAUUCGGAACAGUAAUGAUGAUGUUUGUUACAAUGGCUUCAAUUAAUAUAUUUGUCACAUUAGCACUUAUUUCCGCAAUCAUUGCUCCAGCUUUGGCAACAGACUUUGUUAUUGGAGAUGAGGCUGGCUGGAAAACCAAUUUCGAUUACAAAACAUGGGCUGCUGGCAAAGAGUUUCAUGUUGGUGAUAAACUCAUUUUUAAGUACUCUGCUGGAGUUCACAAUGUUCACAGAGCGGAUUUAGCUUCAUUUCAGAGCUGCAAACCAUCGGCAACAAGUGUCGCCCUCACUACCGGAAAUGAUGUGAUUACCCUUGCAAGUGAAGGCAAAAAAUGGUACUUAUGUAGCAUAGCUUCUCACUGUGCCUCCGGGAACAUGAAGCUUGCAAUAACAGUGUUGCCUCAGGGAGAAUCUCCUGCUCCAGCACCUCAAGUAAUGGGACACAGAGAGGAAUCUGCAGCUGUUGGAUUUGGAACACAAUUGUUAUGGAUCGGUGCAGCAUUGGGACCAGUAAUGAUGAUAAAGAAGAGAAGAUCUAGCUAUAUCUUUGAUACUAAUCUUUCAUUUCUUUUAAUGGCAUCAGUUAAUUUUUUCGUCGCAGUAGCUCUUAUUUCAGCAAUUAUUGCUCCAGCUUUGGCUACAGACUUUGUGGUUGGAGAUGAAGCUGGCUGGAAAACGAAUUUCGAUUACAAAACAUGGGCUGCUGGCAAAGAGUUUCAUGUUGGCGAUAAACUCAUUUUUAACUACCCUGCUGGAGUUCACAAUGUUCACAAAGCAGAUUUAGCUUCAUUUCAGAGUUGCACACCCUCCGCAACAAGUGUUGCCCUCACUACCGGGAGUGAUGUGAUUACUCUUGCAAGUGAAGGCAAAAAAUGGUACUUAUGCAGCAUAGCUUCUCACUGUGCCUCCGGAAACAUGAAGCUUGCAAUAACAGUGUUACCUCAGGUUGAAUCUCCUGCUCCAGCACCUGAAGUUUCUGCAGCUGCUGAAUUUGGAACACAAUUCUUAUGGAUCGGUGCAGCAUUCGGAGCUGUAAUGAUGAUGAUUUAAUUGAGAGAACACAGAGUCCAGAAAUUAUUCAAAUUAUGUAGUGUAUGUGUGAUUGAA